UCCGAAGGGUUCAGUUCGUUAAUGCAGGGGAUGAACGGCCGGAGUCCAGUCAGACUUUCCUCCAGAAGCUCAGAACCAGGAGAACUUUCUAUAAAAUAGGGGAAGGUUGCAGUAUUCUGGGUCCGGGUCUCCAGAACCUCCUGGUUUCGGAGUUUGGACCGAUCAGACCCGGUUCUGCUCACAUUCAGACACCAGCCAGCUGUGGGAGACUGACGGGGAUGUUUUCCUUGGCGCUGCUCGGUUCUGUUUGCUCUGCAGAACCCGCCUCUGACGUCACCGGCUGACGGGCUGGUCCAAUCAGCACCGGCUUGGGCUGGGACUUGGUCCGGUCCGCCGCUCCUGGUCCAGCAGAGGGAAGCGGCAUCAGGAGCAGCGGGAUCUUUGCGCGCCGGGUUCGGGAUGACCCACAGAGUUCGGUUCUGAUGAGGAGGGAUGGAGACGCGGGGUUCUGGAGUCCGACGCAUGUGCGCUCUGACUCUGCUGCUGGUGUCGGUCUGCCCGAUGUGCUGCAGGGCCAGCUGGAUGUGGCUGGGUGUGACCUCCGCCCCGGAGCAGCUGUCCUGCCGUGACCCGGUUCUGAGCGCGCGGCAGCGGGACCUGUGCCGCCGGAAGCCUUUCCUGCUGCCCAGCGUGCGGGACGGAGCCCAGCUGGCCGUGUCCGAGUGUCAGAACCAGUUCCGCCUGGAGCGCUGGAACUGCUCCACGUCCCGGGAGCCCACGGCCGUGUUCGGCCACGAACAAAGCAGCGGAACCAAAGAGACGGCGUUCAUCUACGCAGCGAUGGCGGCGGGCCUGGUCCACACCGUCACGCGCUCCUGCAGCCAGGGCAACAUGACCGAGUGCGGCUGCGACGCUCGACUGCGCGGCGGCGGCGGCGGCGGCGGCACGGCAGCAGAGGGCUGGCACUGGGGCGGCUGCUCGGACCACAUCCAGUUUGGAACCUGGUUCAGCCGCAGGUUCAUGGACGACUCUGUGAAGAACGUGUCGACGAGCCGAGGCGGCUACACGCUGAUCACCAUGAACCGGCACAACAGCGAGGCCGGACGACAGGCCAUCGAGAGAACCAUGUCCACCGAUUGUCGCUGUCACGGCAUCUCUGGUUCCUGCGCCGUGAAGACCUGCUGGAGGUCCAUGGCGCCGUUCCACCGGGUCGGUUCUUACCUGAAGGAGCGAUACGAGCAGAGCGUUCAGGUGUCGGACCGCUCCAGGAAGAAGACGAGGAAAAAGGACCAGCGCCGCCCCGUGGACAAGCACCAACUCAUCUACCUGAACAAGUCUCCCAACUACUGCGUGGAGGACCGGCGGCGCGGCAUCGCCGGCACCAGGGGGCGCCGCUGCAACCGGGCGUCCUCCGGGCCGGACGGCUGCAACCUGCUCUGCUGCGGCAGAGGCUACAACACGCAUGUGGUGAGGAACAUCCAGCGCUGCGAGUGCAAGUUCGUCUGGUGCUGCUACGUCCACUGCAGGCGCUGCGAGAGCAUGAACGACAUGCACACCUGUAAAUAAGCCCACACCUGGAAGCACACUGCACACCUGGGUCACACCUGGAAAUAAGCCCACACCUGGAAGCAGACUGCACACCUGGGUCACACCUGGA